UGUUUUCAUAAAAGCAGGCUAUUCACAAGUUCGCUGAAAAUUAGUCGACAGCCCACGACCGGUACCGCCCUUCAUGGGGCUCAUCAGAACAUAAGUUUGACGAAACUCGGAGACUUCGCCUACCUGACAAGCCCCAAGAAGGGAAAACCGGCCGGGAGUUGUCGGAAAAUUUUCAACAACUUUAUAAGUAGUGCGUUACGCAUGUAUAUUUAUCGCGAUAUCUCUAGUAUGCGACUGAAACAUGAAGCGGCCUGGUGCACCACAUUUAGUUGCCUGGAAACAUCACAAACGAGCGAUUCAGUUGGGUUACAGGUGAGUCUAUCACAAAACCAAAUUCGUUUGCAAACAGCACAGAUCCCUCGAACGCCAAGUAGAGAAGAGCCUAAGGGAGAACCGAGGACUUUGGUGAAUAUCGAAAGCCCAGGUUUUAAAACCGGAAACAGCCGUGCUCCAUUUCAACUUAUACGAUCUGCUGGCGGUAGGAGAUCGGCGGUCAGUGAAACGAUAAUUAAGAAACGCGGCUCACUAAUCCACUCUCAAAAAUGUCCACUUAAACGGUGGGCCUACCAGUUUGACGAAGAACAGUUUAGCUGGCCUCGUGCAACACAGCUGGAGAAGUUGUGUACGAAUCCCUUCGACCAAAUUAGAGAAUCUGCAUCUUACAUGUAUGUAUAUCUUUGUGAUGUGCUACUCAUAAGGUUGCUGAAAAUCCGUCGACAUCCCACGACCGGGUUCUCCUUUCUUGGGGCUAAUCAGGCGCAGUCCCCUGGUUUCUGUCAACCUUAUGUUCUACUUGAAACCAAAUUGCACGAAAUUAGCUUGGUGCAGCGCAUUCAGUUGCCUGGAAACAUCACAAAAGAGAGAUUCAGCUGGGUUCUAGGUUUGGGUAAUCUAGCGGUAUCCCAGCCCUCGUGCUUCCUUCGGGUGGCAUGGCAGUUAGGCACCGAAAGGGUGCCACAGCUGACUGAUCUCCAUCUCCUUCCAUCUCUUUGUAAUCUCAGU